AUGUAUACAAGGAUCAUUGGGAAGCUUCAACAUCUUACCAUAACCAGACCAAUUGUAUCUUUUGUGAACAAGCUUAGCCUGUUUUUAGCAACACCUCAGGUGAUCUUUGAGCUUGAAGGAAUGGAGAUGUUCAGAGAAGGAGGGUCCAUAUCACGACGCCCAAUGCUGGAAGGUGCCAAUUACCCAUACUGGAAAACCAAAAUGCGAGCAUUCUUGAGGGUGGUGAAUGAAAGAGUUUGGAUGGCCAAAGAAGAUGGUUGGACAUGCCCAACAGUGAUGGAUAAUGGUGUCACCAAACCAAAACCUAUGAGCUUGUGGACUCUAGAUGAGAUGGAGAGGGCCAAUUUUAAUUCGAAGGCCAUGCAUGCUCUAUUCAAUGCAGUGUCCACAAAUCAAUUGAAGAUCAUUGCGAACUAUGAGAUGGCCAAAGAGGCUUGGGAAAAACUACGAAUUAAAAAUGAAGGAAUGGAUGCAGUAAAGAAAUCCCGUCUUCAUGCUUUGGCAAAAGCAUUUGAAGAUUUAUCAAUGGAAGAAGAAGAAACGGUGGUUGAGUUCCAUGCUAAAUUGUGUGACAUAUCAAAUGAAUCUUAUGCUUUGGGAAAGACUUAUUCAAAUGCAAAGCUGGUUCGUAAAGUCCUUGGAGUUCUACCUAGGAGAUUUAUGUCUAAAGUAACCUCCAUUGAAGAAAUGAGAAACGUGGAGGAAUUGGAUCUUGAUGAACUGAUUGGAUCCUUGCAGAAUUAUGAAAUGUCAUUAACAAGGUGGAAGAAAGAAAAAAAGAAGAAGGAUGUGAACAAAGAAAAAGGGGACAAUAGUAUUGCGUUCAUUCACAAAGAAGAAAAGAAGUCUAUCCCAGAUGUGUCUGCUGGUUUCUCAGAUGAAGCUGUAGAUUUGAUGACCAAGAACUAUGCAAAAUUCUUGAAAAAUAAGUACAAGAAAGUGUGUUCUAAGGGUAAGGAAAAUGUUCCCAAAAGAAAUCCUCUUGGGAACUUCUGGCAUGGUCAGCAACCCAGUGACAAUAAGAGCGUGGGCAUUCAAUGUAGAGAAUGUGAUGGGUUCGGACACAUUCAGAUCGAGUGUGCCAACACUCUCAAAAAGAAGAAAGCCCUUGUUGCCACCUGGAGCGAUAAUGACGAAGAAAAAGAUUCUGUUGCAAGAAAAAGUUCUGAUGAGGAUAAACAGGUAGUGGCUUUCAUGGCUCAAAGUCAUCAUUCUAUUGAGUCUGAGGAUGAUUGGGUUUCCACUGUUUCUGAAGCUGACAGUAAUGGAAGACAAAAUGCAUAUGAAGAGAUGUUUGCUCAGUGGGAAUAUAUGACCAAGCAGAUUAGAGACCAUGAGAUCUACAAGCUUUCAGCUGAACUCAUAAGAGCUAAACAGGCUUUAGAGUUUAUCCCUCCAAGAACGGCUGCCAUCAAUCAAACUCUUCAACUUCAAAAACCUUAUGGUGAUCGAACCUCUAUCGGAUACAAGAUGUUGUAUAAUCAAGGAGAUAACUUGGGGGUAGAAGAGUCCAUUACACCAGUGAUCAACCUGGACAAAAAGGCUGGCGAGCAAUCGUCACUUCCCUCGACACCUGAGUCCUCAGACCCCACUGGAAAAUUCCACGUUCCAUCUGGACCUACCAAGGUGAAGUUAGAAGGAAGAAGAAUUGCCUCGGAGAAUAUAUCUCAGAUGGAGAGAUUCAUCCCAGUGUGUCACUUCUGUAACAGGAGGGGUCAUAUUCGAUCCAGAUGCUAUAAGCUGCAGAACUACUUGAAAGUUAUGAUCAAUCAACCUAAGAGUUUUCAAAAACCUAAUAAAACUCGAGGGGAAGGAUCUCGAAGUGAGUGGAGAUUGAGGUCUAAUCGUGAAUCGAAUGUUGGGUUGGUGGCUCAAGUUUCACUGUCUGCAUUUUUGGAAGGACAGUGGUACUUGGAUAGUGGUUGCACUCGACACAUGACUGGCAACAAGAAAUUGUUAGUAAAUUACAAAGAAGCAAAGGAGGGAGCUGUCACUUUUGGAGAUGGAAAUAAGGGCCAGAUUAUUGGGAAAGGAGACUUGGUGAUGAGUAGAGCUGCACCUCUUACUGAAGUUCUGUAUGUGAAAGGGCUCAAGGAAAAUCUGAUAAGCAUCAGUCAACUUUUUUCAUCUGAUGGAUGCUCAGUCUUAACAGGGAAGAGAUCUAGUGAUGGUAGUUAUUUGUUGGACAAUGUUGUCCUAUGUAAUAGUGCAUCAUUGGAUAAAUCAGAUAUUGAAGACUUUACUGCUAUUCCAAAAGUUUUAACCAAAAGAAAUAAGAGUGUUAAAUCAUCACCUCGUCUUUCAAGAGCUCAUUCACUAUUAUUAGUGCUAUGGUUCUCUAGUUCUAUCGAGGAAGCUCUAAAUAGGUGA